AAACCGGAAAGAUUAUUGCGCCAUCUACGUGACGUAACCCUUUCUUUUCCUGUCAAAAGCCGGGUUCGUGUCAUCGUGUUAAACUUAAUUAAAAAUCUUUUCAAAAAUGACUUUCGGAGAUUUAAAAACCGAACAAGGCGUGAAAGCCCUCAAUACUUUCUUGGAAGAUAAAAGUUACAUCUCUGGAUUCGUUCCUAGUCAACUCGAUGUAGACACGUUUAAAACGCUUGGAAAAGCACCCGGAGAUUCUUACCAACACGCUUUAAGAUGGUACAACCACAUCAAAUCAUUCUCGGAAGCCGAACGUAAAACUUUCGCGGUGGGAGCUUGCCCCAUGAAAACGGCCCAACCAACAACUAACGAUGAUGAUGACGACGUCGAUCUUUUCGGGUCUGAUGACGAAGAGGAAUCCGCGGAAGCAGCGAAGAUUCGCGAGGAACGCCUCAAAGCUUACAACGAAAAAAAAUCAAAGAAACCGGAAUUGAUUGCGAAGUCAAGUAUUGUUUUGGAUGUGAAGCCUUGGGAUGAUGAGACAGAUAUGAAAGCUAUGGAAACGCAAGUUAGAACGAUCCAGAUGGAUGGGUUAGUUUGGGGCGCUUCUAAAUUGGUUCCAGUUGGUUAUGGAAUUAAUAAAUUGCAGAUUAUGUGUGUUGUUGAAGAUGCAAAAGUUUCUGUUGAUUUGUUAACAGAGACUAUUCAAGAAUUUGAAGAUUUUGUUCAAUCUGUGGAUAUUGCCGCUUUUAAUAAGAUUUAAAAAUGAUUUUGAUGUCUUUGAAUUAAAUAAUAAAGAGAUUUUUUGAA